AGAUGGGCAUCUUCAUCUUCAAUUCCAAAACGAUUUUGUUCAUCUCCUUCAUGUUUCCGACAAUUUCUCAGCCGGAAUUUUUGUUCCACACUUGUUCAAACAAAGCCAAUUACACCGCCGACAGCCUUUUCAAGAGAAAUCUGGACGCCGUACUUGCGUCUAUUUCCUCCAAUACCCAAGUGGAUUAUGGUUUCUACAACGCUACCUCCGGUGAAGAUCCCGACAGAGCUACCGGUUUGGCUCUUUGUCGUGGUGGUGUUGCGUUGGAGCAAUGUCGAAGCUGUGUGAAGAACUCAACGCGUAGGAUUUCUGAAAGUUGCCCAAAUCAGAAAGAGGCAGAGGGAUGGUACGAGGAUUGUCAAAUUCGUUACUCGAAUAACGCUAUUUACGGCGUUGGAGACAGCAACGUGAAGAUGUUGUUUUGGAACACUCAAAGAGCGGAAGACCCAGAUGGGUUCAAUGAGGCACUCAGGAGUUUGUUUGAUCGGCUGCAGAGAGUGGCUGCGUCGGGGAGUUCUGUUCACAAGUCUGCUGGGGGCGACCAGAAGGUUCCAUUUCCCAGCACGUAUACCAUAUAUGGCUUGGUCGAUUGUUUCCCGGAUUUGUCUUAUUUGAACUGUUUUAACUGUCUCGAUCAGCUUCAAGCAUCUUUUUUUAGUUGUUGCAAUGGCAGCUUAGGUGCCAGAUUACUUGCCACUAGCUGUCAACUCAAUUUUGAAAUCCACCCCAUCUAUAUCUCUCUUUUGUCUCCGCCUCCUCCGCCUCCUCCGCCGCCUCCGCCGCCUCCAAAACCCGGAAAUCAUGGCAAUAAUGGUAGAACUGUUGUAACCAUUGGGGUGGCCAUCGUUUCUGCUAUCACUCUAAUGGUUACCAUUUUCAUCAUUUUCAGAUUGAGGAAGAUAAAGAACAGAAGACGAUUAGACAAUUUUGGAGGUGCAUCUUUUGGAGACACUGCUGAUGAAAUGAGCAUUAUGGAGAUGAUUCAAUUUGAUUUUGGAAGCAUUAAAGAUGCAACGAAUGACUUCGCAAGUGAAAACAAGCUGGGACAGGGUGGAUUUGGGGCUGUUUAUAAGGGUAAGCUGCCAAAUGGACAGCAUGUAGCAGUGAAGAGGCUUGCACGUAAUUCACAACAGGGGGAUGCUGAAUUCAAAAAUGAAGUCCUUUUGGUGGUCAAGCUUCAACAUCGGAACUUGGUUAGGCUACUUGGGUUCUGUUUGCAAGGGAGCGAAAGGCUUCUUAUAUAUGAGUUUGUCCCUAAUGGCAGCCUUGACAACUUCAUAUUUGGUGUGACAUUGUUUCUUUUUUUUGUCUUUGGUCCUACUCUUGUUUGGAAAGUUACCAUCCUUUCUUAUAAUUAUUUACAUGUAGAUUUUGGAAAGCGGACACUUUUAGAUUGGGAAAGACGAUACAAAAUCAUAAAUGGCAUUGCACGAGCACUUCUUUACCUCCAUGAAGAUUCUCGUCAUCGAAUCAUACAUCGUGACCUCAAAGCUAGUAAUAUUUUGUUGGACGAGGAAAUGAAUCCAAAGAUUGCUGAUUUUGGUAUGGCAAGAUUGUUCGAAGUUGAUGAGACUCAAGGCAAUACGAGCAGAAUUGUGGGAACUUAUGGCUAUAUGGCUCCGGAAUAUGUAGUACAUGGACAGUUCUCUGUAAAAUCCGAUGUCUUCAGCUUUGGUGUUUUGGUUCUUGAGAUUUUGAGCGGUAAGAAGAACAAUUAUUUUCACGAGGGAGAGCAUGUCGAAGAUCUCACCAGCUUUGUAUGGACAAACUGGAGGGCAGGAACAACUACAAGUAUCAUAGAUUCAACCCUUCGCGUUGGUUCAAGGAUUGAGAUGAUAAGAUGCAUUCACAUUGGACUAUUAUGUGUUCAAGAAAAUGUAAGCAAUCGACCAACAAUGGGAUCAGUGGUUAUGAUGCUAGGUAGUUCUUCUCUCACUCUCCCAGUACCCUCUCAACCAGCAUUCUUCCUACAUAGUGCCACCAAUGAAUCCGACACCAAUGGAACUGGCAGUGAAUCCGCAUCCGUUCAACUUUCGAGAAAUGAAAUUUCAAUUACAGAACUCCAUCCUCGUUAGAUCAUCAUCGCCCACCUAUAUUAAUCACUUCUUGCAAACGGUUUACAAAAACACUACUAGUUUAUUGUUAAAAUAUCA